AUGAGCGGAAAGGGAAAUUGGUCGCCCCCGGCGGUGACAGGAAGACUCUUCACCUUCGGGCUGGUCUCCUUGUGGUACGCCUCCAAUAUCGACGUGCUCCUGCUCAACAAAUACCUCCUCAGCAACUAUGGCUUCAACUACCCCAUCUUCCUCACAAUGUGCCACAUGACCGCCUGCUCGCUGUUCAGCUACGUCGCCAUCACCUGGGUCCGGGCGGUGCCAUUGCAGACCGUACGCUCGCGGCUGCAAUUCCUCAAGAUCGCCGUGCUCAGCCUCGUCUUCUGCAGCUCCGUCGUCAGCGGAAACGUCUCGCUGAAGUAUCUACCGGUCUCGUUUAACCAGGCAGUGGGCGCCACCACGCCCUUCUUCACCGCCGUGUUCGCCUAUGUCAUGACCGUGAAGCGGGAGGCCUGGAUCACCUAUGUCACCCUCAUUCCGGUUGUCGCUGGAGUCGUCAUCGCCAGUGGGGGGGAACCGAGUUUCCAUUUGUUUGGUUUUAUCAUGUGUAUAGGUGCAACUGCUGCAAGAGCACUCAAGACAGUAUUGCAGGGGAUACUUCUGUCUUCAGAGGGCCUCAUACUUCUUUUUCAUGAGAGUGGACCAAAAUUUUCAUCAAGGGAUUGUUUGGUUUGUUACAAAUGA